AUGGACAUCAAAGACACGUUGGACACGGGCCAGACGGAGCAGGGACCUGAGAAGAUUGCUACACCAACUCGAAAGGUGUCAAACACGUUUAUCAAUCCCGUAGGUCCCCAAGAAGCGGCCAAAACUACCACCCCCACCCCUCUUGUCUUUGAAAAAGAAAAGCCAAGUCAAGGACUAUCCCAACGACCACCAAUCCAAUCUUCCGACCUGGGAAACUUCUCAAAGAAGAGAACCAGGCUCGACACCCCCGGCACAAUUGCUGAAUCCCAAGCAGCAGAGUUAACAGGAACACCACAAUCAAAUCGCAUGGACAAUCUGUUCCCAGGAGCUCCCGAACACAAAUCUCUCAAGGAGAUGGUAGGGAAACUCCUGGAGGUGAUCAAGGCAGGAUUCCCUCUGGCCAACAAGUCGAGAGCAACUGAAAAUAUCUCAGUCAACGUGGAAUCUGCCACGGACAUCCUGGUCUUAACAGGCGCGGUUUACGACCAAGUCCUUUGUGAAGAUGCACGUCGCAACUACACCACACCCGAAUCCUUGACAGGAUCCCAGAAAAAGGGGCGCUCGAUUAUCUUCAAAGGUAGAGAGACCAAAGAUAAACUCGACGUCAUAGUGGAAGAACUUGCAGCACUAAGAUCAGCAAUAGGACAGAAGCACAUUCCUGUACCUUCAAAAAUGACCCAACCAACCACCUUGUACGCAUUGGCAGCAUCCAAACAUGCUCCCGCGAACAACACCAACACCACAAGCACAACAACUAGCAAAGCUAAGGUGUCUCCACACAAACAGUCCAACUGGACACAACCUACCAACGUAAUAAAGAGCAGGUGCCAAAAUAACACACCUGAACCUAUCAAGCGCCAAGCUGAUCCAAGAACUUAA